UUCUCCUUGGUGUCAAAAUGAUGUCCAAUAACAAACAUUAUCACCAACCAUAAGGUUCCGGGGACUGAGCACAGCGGAGCAGAGUGGCUGAGAAGAUGAUCACCGCCACCACCAUGGCCACCGGCGGUAGCAGCUCCGUCUUUCUCUCAGUCCCAACAUCACCAUCCCAAAAGUUGCAAAUUUUAUCUCACAAACAACUCCUUUUCACUAACAAAAAGUGGUCUACAUUGCCCUUUCUCUGUUCUUCAUCAACUUCUUCAACUCCACUUGUUGAAGAAGAAAAAGAAAAUGGGUCUAGUGACGAUGUUCUUCCAGCUUCGAUAAAUGAAGAAUCUAGUUCAGUUUUACCUCCCGGAGCAUGUAACGGUUGUGGGAGAGUGGAAAUUGAAAGUGGUUGUAAUGGCGAAGGACGUAUACAAGGAGGGAUUGCAACAGUUCCAGGUUUUGGUUGGUGGCCGAUAAAGGCUUACAGGCCUUGCCCUGCUUUUGUUGCUUCUGGUGGUAGGUACAAAAGGUUUGGACAAAGCAUGGAUGAAGUUGUCUCUGGGAAAGGCGGUAGAGUUAGUUCUGCCGGAACUGAUGCUGAGGUUCAAUCAAGCACGAAAAAGAACGGAACGAAGAGAUCGAAGAGCUAACUGUUGGAAGUUAAUUUCAAGAGAUCAGAGGUAGUUUGGCUGAGCACGGAGUUUAA